AUGGACGCUUCAGCUCGCAGGUCGUUCCCUCACGUCCACGCUCUCUUUGCGCUCACCGUCUUUGCUGCCAUCGUAUUCACCCCCGUCGUCCACGCCGCCCACCCACCCUUCGCACGACGAGAGAUCCUUCUUCCCCGCCAGGGUACCCUCACACUGACCACGACAACGAUUACGACAACGACCAGCGUCAUUUCCGAUUCCUUCCCGACUUCUGUGCCAACGCUGUCUUCGUCUUCUGCGAUCUUGUCCUCCGUGCAGUCUUCGCCUUUCUCCGAGUCUCUUGUUUCUUCGUCUUCCUCAAGCUUUUCCUCGUUGGAUUCGCUAUCUUCCACUAUUUCCCCUUCUCAGUCAUCUACCUCCUCACAGCCGUCGUCUUCAUCAUCUGUCAGUAGUACGCGAUCUACUUCCUCGUCCGUACAAUCGACUACCAGCUCUACGUGGACGGUGGAACUUACUCCGAGCAUCACUUUCGCCUUCACGAACAAUUUCCUGCCUACGCAAGCGACUGAAACAUCAUCGUCAUCGAGUGAACCCUCGCCUUCCGAGACUGCUAGCAGCAAUGAUGUCGUCUCCGCCGCCGCGAAGUCCGGUUUUUGGCAGAAUAAGGGUGUAGUCGCCGCCGUAUUCGUGAUCGUUUCACUCGCAAUCGUUGGUGUUGCCAUCAUCAUCAUCAUCGUUCUCCUGAAAAGGAGGAGUAUGCGAAGACAAGCACGGCUCCACGAUGAAAUUUUCGAGAACUACAACGAGCCGGACUUCCGCAGCGACUCCCCGGGACCCUCCAUUAACAAUGCUCCCAUGGACGCCUUUGCUCGCCGUGAAAUUGGAUAUGACAACCCCUCCCCGACCCUCAAUACUAACCUGCAAACCCAACCUCGUAUCAUUAUUCCGACUUCGCCCAUUCAACACCCUGAUUAUUAUAACUCAUCUUCGCGUUAUACUCCACCUUCGCAGAUGCAACCAACAGCCCCGCCAACCCGCGGUCCAGAAAUUCGAGGCUCAACCGGUUACCAGCCAUCUCUUGAUUCCUUUUACGGUGCUGGCACGCCUGUCGCCUAUAAACCACAGCCAUAA